AAUAUGGCCUGCUGUACUCAGACAAGCUACUUAUGGUACUAUCAAAUUCGGUACAUAUUAUACACUGAAAAAAUAUGCAAGUCAACGUGGAUUACUAAUAGAUAGCGAAACGGGCACAGAAAGAGUUUGGGGAAAUAUACUUUGCGCCGCUGCUGCGGGAACGAUAUCAUCCGCUAUCGCAAAUCCCACUGAUGUACUCAAAGUUCGAAUGCAAGUACACGGGAAGGGUUCAGAAAAUAAAGGAUUAUUUCAGUGCUUUAAUGAGAUAUACAGAUAUGAAGGCGUACGUGGUCUAUGGCGAGGAGUUGGUCCUACAUCACAGCGUGCUGUUGUGAUUGCAGCUGUAGAACUACCCGUUUAUGAUUUUUGUAAAUUACAACUAAUGAAUACUUUUGGUGAUCACGUAGCGAAUCAUUUUAUCUCAAGUUUUAUAGCAAGUUUAGGUAGUGCAAUUGCAUCUACACCUAUAGAUGUAAUACGGACAAGACUUAUGAAUCAAAAACACCUUACAGUACAGAAUAGUGUUGCCACAACAACAACUCAAAAACUUUACACAGGUAGUUUCGAUUGUGCGGUGCAAACGGUGCGAAACGAAGGUUUGCUUGCGCUCUAUAAAGGAUUUAUUCCAACGUGGGUGCGUAUGGGUCCUUGGAAUAUAAUAUUUUUUAUUACCUACGAACAACUCAAGAAACUUUAAUUUUAAAUAAAAUUAUUUAAGUAUUUUAGUUAAAAACCAAAUUUAAUGUUAAGCUUAUGUUAACUGAAAUGAUUAUUUAAGGUUGUAAAUUAGUAGAAAUUAAUUUGAAACGCUUAAAUCUAGCUAUAAAGAAAACUUAUUACCAAUGACUGUCGGAAUAAUUUAUAGAGAAAAACACACUGUAUUAAACUGUAUAUAUUUAGUAUUAUAUAAGACAAAAAUAUUUUUGUAGGUAUGACAUAUAUGCAGCUGUUAUGUGAAAUGUUUAAUAUAAACUAACCGAUAAUUUUUUGAUAUAAAAUCUUGUGAAAAAGUUAUACUUAAAGUAAAUACUUAUCUAUAAGAUUAUUAUUGA